AUGUAUCCUCCGCGAAUCAACAGAAAGGAGCGUAAGACCCGCAUAGCAGAGCUAAGAGGUAUGGAGAGCGACGACUUUGAUUCAGAAGCAUAUCCCGUGCCGAAAAAAAGUGUAGUCGAUACCCUCUUAAGGAGGCUUAGAGGCAUUGAAUCUGCUCCAGAUAAUUACUUUUCGACCAUGCACACGUACAAAUACGGUACUCAAGGAAUUGAUAUAGCAAAGGCCAUAUGUGAGUUCAAAUACCCGGAAGAUAGGCGUGCUGAGAUAGAGACGUUUGUCCUCAACAUGCUUCUUGUCUCAGAGAUCUUUUUUAGGAACAUUGUAGAGCUUAUCCUCUCACAGGUACAGAAGUUGCUAGUUCCAAAAGGUCCUGCCUUCCGAGACAAUAUCGAUGAAACCCUUGCACCCUCGGACGUGAAUAGACAGCAACGUGUUUCCGCAGUAUCUCUUUUUUGCGCACUGUGGCGCUAUGGCAUGAUUGCAAAAAGUGAUAAACUGGAAGAGUUAGUCGGUCUCCUCGCCAGGGAAUCCUUUACAAUCCUUCGACAAGUCAUCAGCCAAUAUUCCUCUCUUCCGCCGCGACCAGCAAACCUUUCAGAAGCCAAAAGAAUCACUCUCUCAUCAUAUGUAUUUAACGGUGCCUAUCAUCCAACUUAUUUUACAUCAGCCUUCUUACACACUUUCUUAUGCCAGACAGUUGAGGACGGCUUCGGUAUAAGUCCGCUACACGGAGAGAUUACUAAUAAUAACAUAAACACUCCCUGCACUCCAGAUAAGCAUACUCCGAUGCUCAUCUCUCAAGAAGAAAGGAAUUCCUUGAUACAUCACAUUGCAAUGCUUUUCCAGCUUGACACAUCCCACGAUGCACUUGCACUCGUCCCCGCUAAGCCUCUUAUCCCUCGUGAAGAGCUGUCUACGUUGCCUCGCGGCAUCCUUAGCUGUUUUGAUUACAUGAUAAGGCUUUUCCACGUUGAAUACAAAAUCUACGCUCUUUUCAAGGAGACAGUUUCUAUCUUGUCGCAGGAGUUUGGCGCCUUGUCUAAGGAAUCACUUUGCGACGGAGAGCUUGAAUGGGGUAACCAUCUAUGUAAGUGCAACACCUAUUUCUGCAACAUCCUCAAUACUCUCGGAUUAAAUAUGAUUGUACCUACUGUUUUAAACCAGCUUUCUGUAAGUCCGCGAUCUACCAAGGCUUUCAUUACCAGUGCCUUUGAUCUUUGCCCAUCUGAGCGGGAGCGUUAUGUGUCGAUUAUUAACUUUGAGUCUGGAAAGCUGGCAGACGUUUAUACAAACGAGAUUAGCGAAAUAGAUAGCUUGCGUAGAUAUCCCCUUUCCCUAACACAGAGCUAUAGAGUACUGGAGGAUAAGUAUAAAGAGAAUCUAGACACUGUGUAUGCGCUGCUCAACAAAGAUAUACAGAAGGCUAUAGAUAGUGUUUUCAAACAGUACUAUGAUAGUACCCCGAGGGCAAGCUCCGUUGAGAAGCUGCAGCAUCUUCUUUUUGACCCCAAGCGGAUUACUAGGAUUGGUAUUAACCCUGGUGACAUUACAUUACUACUGCAAUCCAUAAGAAAUCAGACUGAAGAGCAUGUUAUUAUACUUCUUCUGGUGAAGUUUCUCAAUUUCAAGGAUACCACUAGUAUCAUUACCAUCAACAGUGUAUUUAGACAAGUCUUUUGCAGGAGGUUUGCCAUUCCUGAAACGUGUUGCCACUACUAUGCUCACCUAUAUGCAUGCCUCUGUAUUAAUAGAAUUAUUCCAAUUGUUGGACCUUUACAAACAGACUCUGAUGAACACAAACUGUACCCUGCUCACAUCCAAUGUCAGAAUGCCCUCUCUAGGAUCUUAAUAAAUGAGGAUCGUGAUGUGGAGCGCGACGACGCCACCUUUCACCUUAUCAGAUGCGUCAACCACCUUUCGUGUUUCAACCUAUUAAAAAUCAAAGAUCUGAUAUCUUGUAUGACUAAGGCGUCGAAUCGCCUGUCUCGUGUUGAGCAGAUAUCCUUCAAGAGCAAACGGCUAAUCAUGACCUUAUACAAUAUUAUAUACCACAACUAUUACUUCUGGUACAGCUCCUGCCCCGAAAUCUGCAUCAAUGUCAAUAAGAUUCACUCCAUCGUUUCUGAUGUUGUAAAGAGACAGGAGUCAAAGGCGAUUAAAGAUUGGUAUGAGGUUCUUGUGAAUGUGCGAUAUAAACCACUAUUGGCGCACAUUGAUAAGUAUAUUCAGGAGCAGCAAGAAAGAAAGGGGAGCACACCGAACCUUGAAAGGAUUCACGAAGAAUACAGCAACAGCGUCCGCUCCUAUCUUAAUACUAACAGUGGCCGCUUUACCCAUUCCCUAGCCUACCAGUGGCUCAAGAAACGUCUCCUUUCUUUUCUCAAAGAGGCUCAGCCAUUAUAUUCUAAGCAGCUUGACACCACGUUUCCUCAAUAUAUUACCAGCUUGCUCACAAGGCUCAAUAACGACAGCAGGUCUGCCGUCACAACGACAUCCUCCAGCGAACCGGAGGACAAUGAAAACGGCCUUUCAUAUGUGGAGGAUUUCUCUGCCUCGACAGUUGUCUCGAUGGAGGACAUUUUACUGGACCUGAGGAACAGCAUUAUCGCACACUUUUCCCCAAAUGUCGAGCCCCUCUUGCAUAGCUUUCUAACAAAAACUCUUUCUCUUUUAAACUUUACCGACCUUUCCCAUGGAACUGAUCCGAUAGACUUUCUACCUGCAGGAUUCUAUGACCGGAUUUAUAAGGAAAUUAAAGAAAAGUAUGAUAAGCAUAACCGGUUCCAUCACAUUGAGAACGACUAUGCUAUGUACAACGAUCGCCUUCUUCCUCCAGCACCCACGCCCCACGAACUCUCUACUGUCUUCUUGUCACUAGACGUUCUAUCCUCAGACACCGUAAGACCCUUAGCUGCACUAAUUACAUGUAUGCACCAUUCCGAUAGCAAGAACCUACAGAUAGGGUCUCGGCGAAUAAUGGCAGCACUGAUGGACACAUUGGAGUCGGCUAUUGCUAUUGGUAAUGAGCAGCAAGCAUCAGCCACAGGGCUGCUGUUAGUUGAAUUAGUGAAAUUAGGGAUGGUUGAAUAUAGCGCCAUUUCAAAUGUAGUGUCUACCUUCAUCUUAUCUAGUGAUUGCAUCUUCAAAUUAUCAUCUACGCAUCUAUCUUCUUAUGGUACUGAGCUUGAUUCCUUGUGGUUCAAAUUGGAUAAGAAGCUGAUUCCAUUGAGCCAGGAAUUUGCCACACAUGAGAAUCUCUACAUUGAUCAGCAACAGGAAUAUACACGCCUCUUUAACAAGUACAAAUUCCUGUCUCUGGAACAACAACUGGGAUACCGGAUAUCCUACCCGAGUGACUCGGGGAUUAGAAGCAGUAACAUGUUUGCUCUUGGGAUGCAAAUGAUGAACUCAUUUAUUCACCACUUUGUCACUGGCAUGAUUGCACACUUUAUGGGAAUCCCCGAAUGCGCUAGUGUUAAGGUGUCGUUUGCACUGAAAGAGGAAAUACUAAGAGACUACGUCAAGGUGUGUCUUUAUUCGCAGUGCAGGCAGUGUGAGAUCACCGCCUUACUGAGCAACCUCUUAGACGAGACAGUGAAGUAUUCAAAUGUACUAAUAGACGCUAAGCAGCUGAUAAACAUGCAGAUAAACCUUGCCAUCUUCUCCGAGACCAUCACAAGCGCGUCGAAGUUUGUGGUGGCGAAUGACUUUUCAUACAGAAGUUCACUCAAGCCUUUUUGUGACCUCAUUAGGAGGUUUCUAGUUACGGCCCCCUCCGCUAAAAUGGAGUAG